AUUUAUUUAUACAUAUAAACAUAAUGGAAACUACUACUACUACUAGUGCUAGUGCUGAACAACGAUUAGAUGAAAACGCAAAUCGUUUGCCUGAAGGAUUCUUUCCAAAGCCUCAGCAAGAUGUGUCUAUGGAUCAAGCAGGUCUGAACAAGGGACAGCAUAAGCGUCGCAUUAUUGUCAUUGCUUAUGAUCAUUCUAAUUACAGUGACGCUAUGAUUGCAAAAGCAAUUCAUCUUAGUUUGAUAAAUCCAACAGAUGAUAUUCGUCUGAUCAAUGUAGUUAGUCAGUCCGAUUAUCGUACCAUGUUUAGUUCUAUGUUAUCUUCACAACAAACUUCAGGUAUUCAUGAAGUCAGUCAUAACGAUACUAUUGUACACGACGCAGCAGAUGCUAUGCUAUGGGAAAUUAUUAAGACAUUAAAACAGUCUGGUUUUGAAAAUGUUUCCUCAGAAGUUCUUCAAGGCGAUCCAAAAGCAUCAAUUACUGAUUUUUGUCGUAUAGUAAAACCAGCUUAUUUGCUUACUGGUUCUCGUGGCCUUGGUGCUGUUAAAAGGGCUGUAUUAGGUUCUGUUUCUAGUUAUUUGACUAAACAUUGUCCUUGUCCUGUAUUAGUCAUUAAACUUGAUAAUGAAGAAAUAGAAGCUCGUAAGGAAUUACAUAAGAAAAAAGAAAUUUCUCUUGUAGGAAUUAUGAAUAAUUAUAAAUUCAAUAAUUCUCUUAAAUAAUGCAAUAGUAUAUAGCUCUUUACAUAUAAAAGAUUAAUAUUUAAUGUUCGUUUAUCUUUUUUUUUUCUUUGUACAUUAAUAAUGAAAUACAUUUUUAUAUUUUUCAAUAAUAAAUAUACUCAAAAGUUAAUAUCAGUGAUAAAAUAGGGAAUUAUGUUACGACGCUUCUUAGAGAAUGCUAAUAUUU